AUGGAGUCAGUACGAGCUGUUAAGCCGUUUGAUAUAAACAUUGAAGACAAUCAACAAGCAACGGAGUGGGCUAAAUGGAAAAGACAACUUGAAUGCUAUUUCAGUGCCUGUAAUAUAACGGAUCAAUCGGAAAAAUUGGCAAAACUACUAUUUCUUGGUGGUCCUGAUUUGCAGGAGCUGCAUGACAAUUUGCCUGAAGCCAAACGAGUGCGUUUAGUGCUUAGUGAACCUCCUUACUACGAUACAGCUGUCGCUGCCUUCGAUACUCAUUUCGAACCCAAGCGUAUGGUUGCAUACGAACGGUAUGUGUUUAGGCAGAUGGCACAGAAACCAUCUGAAAGGUUGUCUGAUUUCACAUUGAGGUUAAGAAUACAAGCAAAACGAUGUGAUUUUUUGCCGAACGUGUUGGAGGAAAUGAUAAUUGAUCAGAUAACAGAGAAGGGUAAUUCAGAUACGUUGCGAAUGGAGAUAUUGAAAAGAGAUGUACGGUCGUUGAAUGAAAUUAUAGCUCUGGGUACCGCUAUGUCUGAAUCCAAAGUGAAAUCGAUGCAGAUGACAAAUAAAGGACAUGCCUAUCGAGAGGAAGUGAUGGUUCAAUCGGUGAAACAACAGCGUCGGGGUCAUUUUGUGUAUCCAUCGCGUACUCCGGUCAUGAACCGUGGAGUUUUAAUGACAUGCCACGCUUGUGGACAUCCAGGGCAUCUGAAGGCCAGCAAAUGGUGUCCGGCAAUAGGAAAAAAGUGCAAUAGAUGCCACCAAAAUGGUCAUUAUGCGAAGUUUUGUUCUAAAUUCAACCAACCCCAAAACCAAGAACCCUUGCAUCGUCACAAAAGAUCGUUUUAUGAGGCUGGGAGGACAGAUUGGCACAACCCUCCAGCAAAACGUAUCCGAACGGUAACAGAGAGCAACGUGGACUGCCAAGAAGAUGCGAAUAUUUUUUAUGCAAUGGGACGCAACGUAUUUCAUUUCCGCAUAGGAGGGGUCAUAGUUCCGAUGACCAUAGAUUCCGGAGCCGACGCAAACAUAAUUCCAGUGCACAUUUGGCGGCAGCUGAAACGAGUCGAUGUUCAGGCUUAUGAUUUGUCCAGGCAACUUGAUCGCAUACUCAAAGCCUAUGCAAGUAGUGAACCGCUGAAAGUCAAGGGCAUGUUCAAUGCAGAAAUAGAAGCGGGUGACAACACAACAAAAGCGAAGUUCUACGUUGUAGAGGGAGGUAAGCAAUGUUUACUAGGUGAAGAGACAGCUCGUGAAUUGCAAGUUUUGAAAAUUGGAUUCAAUGUUGGUGCCAUCGAUCAAUCGCCAAAGGAGUUUCCCAAAGUGAAGGGGGUGCUGUUGGAAAUUCCCAUUGAUCCAACAAUACAGCUUGUUCAGCAACCUUAUAGACGGGCCCCGAUAACCCUGGAAGGCUUAAUUGCGGAAAAGUUGCAGUUUUUGCUGGAGCAAGGCAUUAUAGAGCGUGUCACCCAACCAUCUGCCUGGGUUUCCCCUUUGGUUCCUGUGCUUAAAGAUUCAGGAGAAGUCCGACUUUGCGUUGAUAUGCGUCGAGCAAACCGAGCAGUUUUGAGAGAGAAGCAUCCUCUUCCAGUCAUCGAGGAGUUGCUAGGUAGCAUCAACGGGGCUGUACGUUUCUCAAAGGUGGACAUUAAAGACGCCUACCACCAAAUCUAG